GGAUUUUUGAAUAAUUUUUCCAAAGGAAGACUCCUUUCAAUAGUCAUAACUCGUGGUUUAUAAUUAUCUUUUUUGAAAGCCAUUUUCUCAUAUUGCAAGGAAUGUUUGCAAUUGCGCAACAAGUGAAAAUCAAAAUUCAUUAGUUGAAAAUAACAUGGUUAACGAAAUCUCCUUUCAAGACGAACCGUCAGCUUUCUCGACGAAAGUAUUAACACAGAGAAAUUCAGCCAAAAAAUCCAAAAGUAAAGAUGUUGUUGUUUUGGAAUUUAUUAAAUAUGACUUCUAUAAAAAGAAUGAUGACAUUUUAAAUGUUUCUGUCUACGUGAAAAACAUUGACAAGAAUUCACUUGUUGUGAAGUUUGGUAAACAGCAUUUGUCUGUGGAGUUUCAAACUUGUUCAAAAGAAUUCUUGAAAUUACAUAAGGAAGCCUCUGAAAGCACUGUGUUUUUGUGGAAUGUUACUCUGAGACACUGUGUGGACACUGAAAAAUGCAGAUACGCGCAUUUUCAAACGAAAUUGGCAAUAACGCUAGCUAAAGCUUGCAGCAAGGACAAUUGGAAUGCAUUGGAAGAAUUAAACAGUGGCGCUUUCCGAUCAAAUGUUCAUCAAGGGACAACACAAAAGAAAAAAAUCGCCAAUGGUGGACUUGUUAACGGCAUUUUCGCUCGACCCGAGGAUGAUAAGAAUCGUAUGAAGUUAGAGAAUAGAAACGCGAGUUUCAACUAUCGUGUUGAAGAACAGGAACAAGAAAAACGGCUCAGCGUUGAAUCUUUUGGAGUUCCUUCGAGCUUAGGUGAUAGUAAUCAUUCAUUAAAGAGUUCUUACAACGGAACUGGUGAAAAUCACUCACUUCAUUAUAAACCUGGCCCUGUUAAGUUAAGUUCGAAUCGAUGCUACUCCAAUGGAACCAAUGACACACAAACAGAGUUAAAAAGAUCUGCGACGACUCCGGGAAAAUCCGAGAAGACUACGAGCGAAAGAGAUAAAUUGACUCAUCCCGAAGAAAUCCAAUACGAUUCCAGAAUACAUGAAUGUCGACCUGGGUCCACAGGGCUGCUAAAUCCCGACAAUCUCUGUUAUAUUAAUUCGGUGGUGCAAUGUCUUUCAUCCGUUAUUGAGUUGAGAAAUUUGAUAUUAUCGAAACGGCACCGUAUGAACAUCAAUCGUAGUAAUAAGAAUGGUUAUGGCGGUGAGCUUAUUGCCACGUUCGAAUCACUCAUGCAAGAUAUGUGGUCUGGCAAAAGACGCGUCAUCUCUGCGUCAAAACUGAAGGACAUACUCGGGAAAAAGAAGAAACAGUUCGAACAAUUUGGUCAACAAGAUGCUCAAGAAUUUUUUACAUAUUUAGUUGAUGGUCUACAUGAGGACCUUAAAGCUUGCGUAAAGAAAACGUUGUCGGAUAUCGAAACGAAGGUGUCUGGUGACAUUUUAAAGAACAGUCGUUUGCAUUGGGAUAAAUACACGAAUGGCAAUAAUUCUGUAAUAAGUGACCUCUUCCAAGGCCAAAGCAUUUCUGAAAUACAAUGUAAAGAUUGUGGGAAGAUAUCCUCAAGUUUUGAUCAUUGGAUGCAAUUGAAUCUACCAAUCCCCGAUGAUCCCAAGCUUGUGACUGCCUACGUGUACUAUUUAGAUGUAGAAAAAAAGCCAUUAAAGGCUAAAGUAAAGGUUUGUCCAAGAAGUCGACGAUCUGAUGUCAUCUCACAACUCUGUGACAUUGCUCAUCUACCAAGCAAUAGACUGCUUUUACUUCGCUCGCAUUAUAACAGGAUAAUUGAAAUUUUCGAUGAAUUUGACGAAGUCUCGAUAUCAGCCAAUGAGGAAAUUCUUAUUGCCUGCGAGAUAUUAGGAUCAAAAAAUGGUGCAAAUAUGGAAAACGACAAGUUGUGUGAAUAUGAAGCAUCACAUGAAAAACUGAAUUAUGAUCGUGUUUUGAACUUUCUUGUGAUUCAGAGACUCACCCACAAGAUCGUGAAAAAAUGUACUUAUUGCGGACUUGAAAAGGCUUUAUCUUAUUGUUCAAAAUGUUGCAAAGUUGCAUAUUGUAACAGUAAUUGUCAAAAGAUUCAUUGGAAGCACCAUCGUCACUAUUGCGAGUUUCAACCGAGAAUUGUUGGUACGCCAUUCGUCAUCAGUAUUUUUCAGGCUGACUUAACUAUCGAGAACUUGAUGAAGAAAGCAAUUCACUAUGGAAGGUAUUCGGUUACGCAUGGUAAAGAUGAAACUGAUUCAGCUAGUCUUAUUUUAAAAUUUUUGGGGAAGAUUACGGACUAUCGUACCAAAGGAACUAAAUUAAGUGAUAAAGUGUUGAGCUCAAAAGAAAAGGAAAUGGUUGACGAACCCAUUUGUCUGGCUGUUGACUGGGUUAAAACAAUACAGGAACGUAAUAAGUUGGAGUGUGAUGUUGAUGAAAGUGUAGUUGGAUCAAAGUGCGAAAUUCCUGAAGAUAGUUCUUCUUCGUUGAAAGAAUGUCUUAAGUUCUAUUGGAAUGCGGAGAACAUUAGUAAAGAAUGUGGCUGGAAAUGCGAAGAUUGCAAAGACGUGAGAGCUGCGACGAGAAAGACUAUGAUUUGCAGACACCCUGAACAUUUAGUCAUCCACCUCAAACGCUUUUCCUAUUCCGUCAAUGGACAAAAAAUUGGCAAACGUGUACAUUUCCCGCUCGAAGGCUUGGAUAUGUCUCCGUACACACAUCCUAAAAUGCGAAGUAAUCGUGACGUAUAUGAUCUUCGGGCCGUAUGCAGUCAUUACGGUUUCAUGAAUUUUGGUCAUUACAUUGCAUUUUGUAAACCUUAUACGGAAAAGGAAUUAAGCGAUGUUAAUAUGACAAAUACUGAUGGCUGGCUUAGGUACGACGAUAGUAAAGUUUGUUGCGCAAAACAGAGUGAAGUUGAGGCCGAAACUCAAGCAUAUAUUUUGUUCUAUCGUCGAAGAGCCAUAGAAACUGAACACCAAAUUCUUGGAUCAAUCAAUGGAGAUGUUUACAACCGCAGAAAGUUGAAAAACUUCACUGAAAUGUCGCUGAAUUUCGAAGAGGAUGUGAUCGCAAAAUAUGCGACCAGUAAUCGUAGUCUGGAACAGUCGACUGAUUUACAGCCCUCCAGUCGGUUCGAGAAAUCAAGUGGGAGUAAAAACUUACCAAAUGACACUUCUACCAAAUUGUGUGAUCAAGUGGAACACGACUAUUUAGACAAUUCCGAUCCUUCUGUGACGUCAAAUUUUAAUCAAGUUGAGACAUCGAAAGAACGUGACAAUAGAGAAGUUUUCUAUGAGAAUACCAAUGUCACGUUGGAGAAGAGCGAAAGUGACUCUAGAAUAAAUUCUGAUGUGAAGAGCAGCGAGUUUUUUCUUGAAGAUAUUUUGGACUAAGUAGGAUCUUAUUGCAGAUAGCUGAGUGUUUUUUUAAUAUUUAUACUUGGGGGUGAAUAAAUUUGAUAAUGAAAAAAUAGUACAAGUGCAUCUUUGUCGCUAAGAUUGGAUAUAAAGUUUAAACUGAGACUUUCUAGAAA